AUGUCGGCAAAGGUCCCAAGAAACUUCCGACUCUUAGAGGAGCUUGAGAAAGGCGAGAAGGGUCAAGGAUCCGAUGCCUGUUCUCUCGGACUUGACGAUGGAAACGAUAUCAUGAUGACUAACUGGAACGGCACCAUCCUCGGCCCUCCCCACAGCGUCCAUGAGAAUCGGAUCUACAGUGUCAAACUUCAUUGUGACGAGCAGUACCCGGAUGUACCACCGACGGUUCAGUUCUUGUCUAGAAUCAAUCUACCAUGCGUGAGUCAGGAAGAUGGAAAGGUUGACCCUACAAAGUUGCAGUGUCUUGGAAAUUGGAAGCGGGAAUAUACCAUGGAGACCGUCCUUCUAGAACUUCGAAGGUUCAUGGCUAGCGGAAAUAACAAGAAACUCCCACAACCACCAGAGGGAAGCACCUUCUAG